AUGAGCGGCCAGCCGUACAAUUACGAUUACAUUCUCAAGUAUAUUAUCAUUGGAGACCAGGGAGUUGGUAAAUCAUGCCUCCUACACCAGUUUACAGAGAAAAAAUUCAUGGCUGAUUGCCCUCAUACGAUCGGAGUCGAGUACGGAACAAGGAUAAUCGAAGUCGCUGGGCAGAGAAUUAAACUUCAAAUUUGGGACACAGCUGGCCAGGAGAGAUUCCGAGCUGUCACGCGAUCGUACUAUCGAGGAAGCUCAGGUGCCAUCAUGGUCUACGAUAUCACAAGAAGGCAGACUUUUAAUCAUCUUGAGGCCUGGCUCACCGACGCGACGAAUCACGCCUCGCCUAAUACAGUCAUUUUCUUGAUUGGCAAUAAGUCAGACUUGGAAGAUCAGCGCGAUGUUCCUACCGAAGAAGCCCGCGAAUUCGCGCGAGAACACGGUCUCCACUUCUGCGAAGCAUCUGCGAAAACCGGCGAAAACGUCGAAGACGCCUUCCUAGAAACGGCAAAACAAAUCUACCAAAAGAUCCAAGAAGGCAGUUUGGAGCUCAACGCAGCCGACUCUGGUGUCCAAACCAGAUCACAGCGAUCGAACCAGAUCAACUCGUCGGACGAACCUCAAACGCCUCAAGAUAAAAACUGUUCUUGUUAA